AUGAAACCUAACUGGAAACAGGCAGACCCUGACCCUAGCGAGGUAAAUGAUAGAGUGGAGGAGCCUCAAAACAUAGUUGAAGAGGAGCAGAAGCUGGAUGACAGUACAGGGAAGGAGAAAAUGAAGGAUGAAAAUGCAAUGACUACAAAGCAGAGUGAGAAUUCACAGGUGUUACGCAAACAGAUUGCUCAGAAGGAGAAAAUGAAAAAAGAAAGCAAUCAGGGGAUAAGGGAGAUAGAGAGCAGCAAUAGAACAAGAGGGGUAGGGGGAAUAGUUAUGGUCCUGAGGAAACAGAAUGCCAACAACUUUACUGGAAAGAAAGGGGGUGAAGCUGAGGAACCAAUGGAUCCAGGACCUGAUCUUUCAUGA